GCUUCUCUUGGUUAAGGGUAGUACCUGAACACCCCUGCUCUGUGCUAGACUCAGAGCCAGCAGCUUUGAUAUCUGUUAUCUUCCAAACAUCCUAAAAGACCAGGAAAAUAAUAAUCACCACCCAUGAUCUGUAAGCCACUAUUUAUGGUGCAUUAGUCAUGUAUAUAUCAGGUACUAUGCUAAGCCCUUUGUGUUAUGUAACACAUCAAUUAAUGCUACGGGGUAAGUUCUAUCCUUAAAUGAGGAAACUGAGACACAGAGAGGUUAAGCAACUUGCCCAAGGACACAUAGCUAGUAAUUGGCACAGCCAAGACCCAAGCCUUGGCUGCCUCUCUACACUAGGCACCCAUUCUAAAGGUGGGGAGACUGAGGCUCAGAAGGAGGCAGGAGGUGCACUCAUCCAGAGUCUAUGGCUGUGAGUGGAGAAUCCAAAAUUCAAACCCAGGGCUCACUGGCACCACAGCAUGUAGGCCUAACUCUGCCCUGUUGCAUCCUGUAGAGUCCUCUGUCAGCCACAGAUGCUGGCACCUUCCAUAGGCGCCCGGGCUCCCCUGAACCCUGGGGCCAGCGGGCGUCACUCUCCAACUUACAAGCUUCACGUCUAGCUCAGGCCUGUCCCUGGCUGCCAGCCCGGGCCCAGCCCUGGCACAGUACUAGGUGGGCUCUCCCCAGGACUGACCUGUCACACUGAGUCAGCUCCUCAGCCCAGGGACCCAAGGGCCACAUCCCAGAAUUCCCUCUGUCACCCAUUUACUUUCCAUGUGACCUCAGAUAAGCAGCCCUCAAUUCCCCAAUCCCCAGACACGCCCCCGCCACUGCCCCAUCCCCAUAGCUGCCCUGGGUUCCGGGUUUCCCCAUCUACCAGGAUGCCUCCGGGACAGGCUCCUGGCUGGCUCCCCAUCUGCCCCAGGUUUUUCUUGCAAGGCCGUGAGCGCCCCCUGUCGCCAUCCAUCUGCCUCCUCUCCUCUCCAGCUCGGCUGCAUCCUAGGGUACAACUGGUCCUGGCUGGGGAGACCCAGAGCAUUUGACAGACCCUCCACACCCUUUGCCCAACACCUGCUUGAACUGCAGUGACACUGAAGAACAUUCUGGCUAAAAUGCUCUGCAUACUCACCAUGAGCUCACACCACCUGCCUUAAGAGCUUUAUGUGAAUGAACCCGUGUAAUCCUCCCAGCCACCCUGUGAGCUAGAUUCAUUCUUGUCCCCACUGGACAGAUGGGGAAACUGAGUCACGGUGUGGGGGCCUCUUCCAUUUCUGGUCAGCCAUCUUUUUUCUCCUCCGAAUCGUGCUGAGGUGUGACAGGAGCGGGGGCUUCGAGGCAUGGGUGUCUCAAUGACGUCUUUCCUGCUCUCUCAGCAUGGCUCCUGGUGCUGGCUGCUUCUUCCUCUUUCACUCCCUUCAAAGCCAGUUCUACCCUAGACCUUGGGCCAGAGUAGUUGCUGCAGAUGUCCAGCAUCUUUUCUGGUCCUCGUGAAUCCCAGGAGACCGUCCGCUUUUUUCAUGGUGUUUGUCCAAGAAUCACCUUCAUGGUGAAAACCACCUCUCGGACACACACAGCAUGUAAUAGUCUAUAGAGUGCUUUUCUGCUGAUGAUCUCUGUUGAGUUUGCCGACACCCAGCAGAUGGUGGUGGUGAUGGUGGUGGUUACUCCUAGGAAGACUAACCUUUAUCCAGAACUCACGUGCCAGACGCGCUGUUAAGCUACUUAAAUGGAUUAGCUCUUCCAAUCCCCAUAGUAACCCUUUGCUGCUUAUUUUACAAAUGAGGAAACUUGCCGAGGGUCACGCAGCCAUUGAGAGGUGGCAGCAAGAUUCAAAUUUAAGCAACAUAACCCCAGGAGUAAGGGAGGUAUUGUCCCUUGCACAGAGAACCUUGGAAUCCAAAGGCACCAGAACCCAAGGGUCUCACGCAUGCUCUGCCACUGACUUCCAUGUGUGGUUGGGAAGUCUCCUGCUCUCUCUGAGCCUCAGUUUCCCCAUCUAUAGAUCGAGAAGUUUGAGCUAGACAACUUGUAAGGCUCUUCUGAGCAUUGGCAAAUGUCCGGGGGACUCUAGGAUUCUCCAGGACCCACCAGAGACCAUUCUGUAAGGGAUCCACAAGUUCACUACCCCAGGCUGUGGGGGCUCUGGGUGGUCCCUGGAGCCGGAGCCCCUGAGGUGCCAGGCUGGGACCUCUCUCUGAAAACCAGCCCAGCCACCUGGAACAGGCUGCCUGCCUCGGAGAGAGGAAAGCAGGUGGCCAGGGAUGACAAGGAGGAAGGGGGAUCCUGGACCGGGGUCUGCAGAAGGGUCAUCAGGGCAGCACCCCAUCUCCCUGCCAGGCUGUGCUCGGAGUCCGAGAAUCUCAGUGGGGAGGGAUCUCACACACCAACCUGUCUGACCCCCUCCUGGUGCCCAGAUCUGCUCUGCGCUGGCCCACACCUCAGCUUGGAGUGUCCCUCCCUUAUCCAUGCCAUCUCUGGACCCCUCUUCACUGGGGAGUCUCCCCCCCCGCCCCCUAGCUGAGCUAGAAACCACCCCAAGAGGCCCCUGCACCUCCUAUGCCCAGAGCCCAGGCUCCAGCUUCACGCCCUCUGCACCCUGAUCUUUCUCCUGGACCCGCACCAGUUUAUCAGCACUCCUUGUAAAGUGUGGUGCUGGGAAACAGAACUGGCAGAGACACGCUCCCCUUCUCCUAGCCUGCUCCCCCGCCCAGCCCUUCCUCCUGUCCAUGACUUCAUCCCCUUUCCCACGGGUCUCUCUGAACGGUCCCAGCUCAGCCACUUGCAGACUGGCCACGAGCCCUGCCGGGCCCGCCAGCCCCGAUGGAGGUGACCUUCUGACAGGCGCCACCCUGUUCCUCUGUGGCCACUGGUCAUGCCGCCCCCCUCACCCCUGCUCUGCCCACAACCUGGCUCAGCCCAGCCUGCCAGGAUGUGGCCUGGAUGUGGCAGGUGCUGUGUCAGUGUUAACUGCUGUCCACUGGACAGAGGAAGUGCUCUGCCGCAGGCGAGAAUGAGAGCCAUGCAGAGCAGACAGCAAUGGAGAUGGUGUUGGCAAUAGAGACUGACCGCAAGAUGGAACCAAGCAGUACAGUUGGAUUAUGUCUUUAAAGCUUCAUGUACUGCUAACUAGCUUCUUUGCUUUGGAUUGGCUGUCCCACUGCUCGGAGCCUGGUACAGGGCAACAGAAACUGUGACCUCUGCCUUAUUAUUAUUAUUGUAAGCUGUUUUCAUGUAAGCAAGGGUUGAAAAUGCAACUCAGAAAAAUGGAGUUGGUUCUAAGAGGCAGGAUUGGGUGAAUUGUUUUCCUUUUUUAAAAUUUCCUUCAGCGUCUUAAGACUUUUGUCCUCCCCGUGUGUCAGUGUUGGAGAGAAAGAGCCUGAGUCUCACAAAGCUGCUCCCUUCCUGUGAACUCCAGGGGGUGGGAGUAGUCAGGGUUCUGCGUUGCCUCUGAGCAAGUUUCUCCCUGGCCCGAGUACCAUGUCGGGGGUAUUUCCUGCACCAGCCAGGCCAUGACACCCUGACCCUUUUGGUGGCUCAGGGAACAAUCGGGGCAACCCAGGGGCUGCUUGGUGUGGACAUCCAAAUGGAGCCCUGAGGUUUAGCGCCUCUGAUGGGCUGAGGGACUAAUUUAUUCUCUCUCUCUCUCCUCUCCUCAUGCCCUUCCAACCUAGGGGGACAGGGGUGACCCUGGGCCUGAUGGUGAACAUGGCGACAAAGGCCAAGAGGGACUGAUGGGCGAGGAUGGGGCCCCCGGCCCCCCUGGCAUCACUGGCAUCCGGGGUCCUGAAGGAAAACCGGGGAAGCAAGGCGAGAAGGGCCGGACCGGAGCCAAGGGUGCCAAGGGCUACCAAGGACAGCUGGGUGAGAUGGGUGUCCCUGGAGACCCUGGACCCCCUGGCACCCCAGGCCCUAAAGGGUCCCGGGGCAGCCUGGGACCAACGGGUGCUCCCGGACGGAUGGGGGCCCAAGGAGAGCCCGGACUGGCUGGUUACCAUGGACACAAAGGCAUCAUGGGCCCCCUCGGACCUCCUGGACCAAAGGGUGAAAAGGGGGAGCAGGGUGAGGAUGGCAAGGCCGAGGGGCCCCCUGGGCCACCGGGAGAUCGGGGCCCUGUGGGUGAUCGAGGGGACCGCGGGGAGCCAGGGGACCCUGGAUACCCCGGACAGGAGGGUGUGCCAGGCCUCCGUGGAGAUCCAGGCCAGCAGGGCCUACCAGGGCAUCCAGGACCCCGGGGACAGCCGGGACCCAAAGGAUCAAAAGGGGAAGAGGGACCAAAGGGAAAGCAAGGCAAGGCUGGGGCACCAGGACGAAGGGGGAUUCAGGGCCUGCAGGGGCUGCCAGGGCCUCGGGGCGUGGUGGGGAGACAGGGCCCCGAGGGUGUCGCGGGACCAGAUGGGUUUCCUGGCAGGGAUGGGCAAGCAGGACAGCAGGGGGAGCAGGGAGACGAUGGGGACCCUGGCCCCACGGGCCCUGCUGGGAAGAGAGGAAAUCCAGGUGUGGCCGGCUUGCCUGGAGCACAGGGGCCCCCAGGAUUCAAGGGUGAAAGUGGGUUACCUGGGCAGCUGGGUCCUCCUGGCAAACGAGGGACAGCGGGUGGAACUGGGCUUCCUGGGAGCCAGGGGGAGCCUGGAUCCAAAGGCCAGCCGGGUGACUCUGGCGAGAUGGGCUUCCCCGGAAUGGCUGGCCUCUUCGGACCCAAGGGCCCCCCUGGAGACAUUGGCUUGAAAGGCAUCCAGGGCCCUCGGGGGCCCCCUGGCUUGAUGGGAAAGGAAGGCAUCAUUGGGCCCCUCGGAAUCCUGGGACCUUCGGGACGCCCGGGUCCAAAGGGUGACAAAGGCAGCCGAGGGGACUGGGGAUUGCAAGGUCCGAGGGGUCCUCCUGGUCCCAGAGGGCGGCCUGGCCCACCGGGUCCGCCAGGGAGCCGUAUCCACUUUCAGCAAGAUGACCUGGGAGCAGCUUUCCAGACGUGGAUGGACACAAAUGGAGCACUGAAAGCAGAGGGUUACAACCAUCCAGACCGGCUGGUGCUGGACCAGGGAGGGGAGAUCUUUAAAACCUUACACUACCUCAGCAACCUCAUCCAGAGCAUUAAGACGCCCCUGGGCACCAAAGAGAACCCCGCCCGGGUCUGCCGGGACCUCAUGGAUUGUGAGCAGAAGAUGGUGGAUGGCACCUACUGGGUGGAUCCAAACCUUGGCUGCUCGUCCGACACCAUCGAAGUUUCCUGCAACUUCACCCAUGGUGGACAAACGUGUCUCAAGCCCAUCACGGCCUCCAAGGUCGAGUUUGCUGUCAGCCGGGUCCAGAUGAAUUUUCUGCACUUGCUAAGCUCUGAGGUGACACAGCAUAUCACCAUUCACUGCCUUAACAUGACCGUGUGGCAGGAGGGCACUGGCCAGACCCCGGCCAAGCGGGCUGUGCGCUUCCGGGCCUGGAAUGGGCAGAUCUUUGAAGCAGGGGGUCAGUUCCGGCCAGAAGUAUCAAUGGAUGGCUGCAAGGUCCAGGAUGGGCGCUGGCAUCAGACGCUUUUCACCUUCCGGACCCAGGACCCCCAGCAGCUGCCCAUCAUCAGCGUGGACAACCUCCCUCCUGCCUCAUCAGGGAAGCAGUACCGCCUCGAAGUUGGACCUGCGUGCUUCCUCUGACCUCUGACCUCCUGGCUCCUCUAGGCCUCGAGGGGGAGGGAGAAGGAGGGGACCUAGGGGCACAUGGGCCCAGGAGAGGCAGCUCACCUGCCCAAGGAUCCUUGGGUAGGCCCCAGCUGUUGUCUGCCCGGUAGAAGUGGCCGGGGGGGGGGGAGGGGUGGCAGGGAACUGGGUAUCCUUGGGACCAACUGAUCCCAGCCCCAAAGACCAACCAAAGAGCCAGCCAGAGCAAGCUGGGCCUGCAAGCUGCCUGAGCCCCGCGGCCUGUCUCCCAGCCCCGCGGCCAACCCCUGUCCUCCCCAGCUUCCUGCCCAAAGAGCCCCAUGUUCCAGCCAGCUUGAGGGGAGGGGGCAUCUCUCCAGCUGGUCCCUGCCAGGGAGCUUUGAUGUGCAAUAUUAGAGAGGAGACAUGAAAAAGGAGAAAAGGAAAGAAAGAAGUAUAUAUAUUUUAUUUAAACAAACACAAAGAAGGUGCAUUACUAUUUCUUCACCCGGGAAAGAGGUGGGAGAAGAACCAGCCAGAGGGUGGGAAGCGGUGGAGGCCGGGAGGGGGUGGCGCGACCCUCGGGGCUGGGGCCCCCGUGCUAGCUACCUCCCACUGUGAAAUCGCUGGUGCUCGCAACUGUCUCGUAGUGUAUGUGAUUUUUUUUAAGGAAAAAAAAAAAAGCCUAUUUAAGAUUCUGAAGGUGCUACCAUUUUUGCCACAGACUUUGAAGAACCAUUUUGAUGUGGGGUAUCAUCCACAUUUUGCUCUCUCCUCCAAAUGAGAAAGUUGGGGGAAUCUAAAAAUGUUCCUAGUAUCACCCUUUUGCUCAUCAGGUAAUCGACUAAGUGGGGGGAGGGGAAGGAAAAAGGAAAAAAAAAUGCGAAGCCGAAAAAAAAAAAAAGAAGAAAAAAAAAAACCUGCCAGAAACAGAAGCAGGAAGAUUUACCUUUUAAUUUAUGGACUUUGAAAUAUUUGUCCUCUUAAGGCAGGAGGAGGCCUGAGCGUGAAGGAUUUUGGCCUUGGCCUCUCAUGGCCCUGGAGGGAAAUUAGGCUUAUCUUGGAAGGUGGGAUCUAGACUGGAGAGUCAUGGGAGAAGACCUGACCUUGAAGAAACCAGUUGUAAGAGCCGUGUUGGGUCAGUGCUGGCCUUGGAGGUGGAAUAUCAAUUUGGAGCCAUCUUACAAGGCCCCAUACCAUUCCCUAAGAUCCUCCCUUCCAGGAACUUGUCCCUUCCAAGAUGUGGCCAUCACUCUUGCUUUUCCAUCGUCAUUAAAUUUUCUAGAAACCUGGCGUCAUUAGCUCCAAGUAUAAAUGUGGGCUGAGGAGAAAGAAUAAAUAUGGGGAUCUCGGGGUUCAGUGUGAUGGGGAGAUUCAGUGUCAUCUGAGUUGUCCUCUAUCAGAGAACAAGUCAGCGCCCAGGUUGGAUUUUGAGGUUAUUUUAAGUAUGGAAUUAUUUUUCUAGAAGGGGAAAUUUUAUGUGAACGUCUAUCUGUGUCUUGUUUUUUUUUUUUUUUUUUACCUAAAGUUGUGUAUCUUUGGGAAUUGGAUUUGAUUUUUAUUAUUUAAUACCUCAGUCCGGCCCACCUUCCCCACCAGACACUUCUGUAUGCCUCGCCAUCCCGCCCCAGCAAAGACGCUCCCCGCGGAAGUGUGUUGUAGCAGCUCGGGCCUCAUCUCAGCCCUCGCUCCCCCCCCCCCCCCCACCCCCCGGCCAGUCUCCACCUGGCCUCUGUCUCGUUCUUGGAAUUUUCUGCUGUCCUCGUUUAUGUCUGUCCACAUGUCAGUGUGUUAAAACCCCAGUGGGUUCUGUUUCUCCUUUUCCCUUCUGGAUUUUAAAUAAAUAUUUAAAACUGA